GAGAUGUUUGCCGAAUCUCAGCUAGAACGGCUGGCGCUGCUGGAGAGGGUCUUUUCUUCAAUUAGCCUCGUGUCCGUACUGUUGAUUUUCGUGACGUACGGAAGCAUCCCGAGGCUGCGCAAUCCUCGAAAUACCUUCAUCGUCUUUGCUAGCAUCGCGAAUCUGGGCGCCAGCAUCGGGACCGUUAUUUCACGCGAUGGAUUGGCUCGUGGCGAGGAUUCGGCACUUUGCAGGGCGCAAAGCUUCCUGGUGCAUGUUUUCAUGCAGUCUGAUGCGUGGUGGUCUCUCGGCAUGUCGGUGAAUACCUUCAGGAUCGUUUUCUUUCAGUCGAAUCCGCAUACGUUUAAUAAGUGGCUGUAUUCUCUGAUAUGCUUUGGAGGGCCAUUCAUCUCGGGAUUUACCCUGUUUUUCAUCGCCACUCCAGCCCGCGGUCCCGUCUACGGAGCGACAACUACUUGGUGUUGGAUUCGAGAAUCUUGGGUUAGCAUACGACUCUUCACUUCAUACAUCUUUGUAUGGAUCUGCAUCGCCACAUCAAUCAUUUUGAAUACAGUGGUUGGCUUUCGUCUGUUUCGCGCAAGAAAUGAAGCUCGAGGUAUCUUAAACUCGCGCAUUGAGAGCACAGUAGCCGAUCACCAAACAGCAACAGAAACAAAUGCCGACGCUAAUGUCCAAGUAUCCGAACAUACAUCCGUUACUGCCGUGUCUGAUGCUCAGAAAUUAGCACCCAAUGCCACGAAUGUGGAGCCAAUUCCUUCUAACCAAAAGCAACAAUCUUCAUCAUCGGCCACUGGCAGCACCAAGUCCAAGUUUUGGCUCAAAGACCCUAUUAAACGGGCAUACCUCCUCACAACCUUCAUGUUUACGCUAAGCGUCCUUGUGACGUGGGUACCAGCGAGCAUCACACGUAUUCAUAGUCUACUUAACCGUGAUGUUCCAUACUCAUACCAAGUUGCCAUAGCGGCCGUUAUGCCGCUGCAAGGUCUCUGGAACGCUUUGAUCUUUUUUACGACUAGCCGGGGGGUUAUAAGAAGCGUGAUCCACGACAAAUGGGGUCUGUGGGUAUCAAAGUCUACGAAGAUAGACAGAAACUUGGUAGAAAGGGAAGCUGCCGCAAGGUUAAGGAUUAAUGGGCAUACUGACGCCACGGAUUCAGGAAGUGAUAUUGAGCUCCGCCGCCUGGCAAGGUGA